GGCCAAUCGGUGCUCUCUUGCGUUCCAAUGUUCUGCAGUGUGGCGCGUCGUUCUCUUUUCUGCGGUCUAGUGGCAGCGUUUGCGCGAACAAAACCAGCCCGUUCAGUACUGUUCAGCCCUGACAAAGAAAAGAUCCGAAAACCACUGACGUUUUUUAUAGCUAGUAAAGAGUAAGGAUUAGGUUCCUGUCCCCUGUGCGAAAGUCAGUUUGCAGGAGACAAAGAUGGAAGGAUUUGAUGACUACAUAUCUUCCACGACACCCUCGAAUGAUGAACUUCUGCGGGGAUCUGGGGAUACGAACAAAUUAUUCGAAGAUGCGGCCGGGUUCCUCUUAGACAGUCCUAAAGAAAGUGCCGCCAGUGAACCGCUGGAUGAGGACGAUAUCUUAGAUUUAGCCGGCGGGGCUCGGGAUGCAAUUGAGAGGCACAAGGCCGCUGUGUCACGCUUCGAGGAUGAUGAGCCCAUGUACACGAAAUAUACGGAACCCUUCAAUUUAGACCCGGACCCCGAAGCGGACCAGGGGCUGCUCGGCGGCUUUGUGGAUUCAACGGAGAAGCAGGCAAAGCCAGUGAGCGAGAUUGCGGAGACAGAAGCCCCUAAAGCCGGACCAACGAAUCCGACCAAAGAGCCAUCUUCUACGGAGACAUCCUCAUAUGAAUCCUUUUUCUCUUCCUCUGCUGCAUCUCAGCCUCUGAUGCAAUCCUCUGCAGAGGGCAGAGUUCAACCCUUGGGGAGGGCAGCGGGCGAUGGCUCUCAUCAUGCACCUGUCUCCCCUAUCUCUCCUCUUCAUUCUCCUGAUUCGCUGGAGGAGCUCUCUCUGUCUGACAGCCCCAAUCAAGCCCCCUUCACAUCCGCGCCGUUUGGCUCAGGCCCAGUGCCGCACACUGAGGCCUUUUCCCAAAAAUUAGUCCAGGACGUGCCUCUGGGCGAAGAAGGGGGAAUGUUUGAAUGUAAAACUUGGGCUGACAAUCUAAAUGUCAAAUCGGGCCUUGAUUAUCGCGAAGCGUCAAGAGGGCCAAACAGAGAGGGCUUGGAGGCGGCUUCCUACUCGGAAAGCGGUAGUUUCUCCAGCUCUGCGCAUACCGCGGGGGUAGAUCUGGGAUCCAAGAUGGAUCAGGCAAAGUCGAUGCUGUGCGACGACAGCGGAGUUGCCUCCUCUCCAGAUGAGAAGCUAGGCAGUUCAGUGGGGUCUCAGGAGGACGGGAGAAUGGAUAGCGGGUUUGAUAAAGUCUCGGGAUCAGGGGAAUCCACUGGAUCCACUCCCUCUCGAUCACCCCUGAACCAAAACCUUACCCCUGAACCUUACUCUGCAUAUGCCUCCUCUAACCCAACAGUGAAAUCGGAGGCAACCUACCUGGACUCUCAGGACAACAUCAAGGGAUCCGAUACAUCAUCCACCAGCUUGUUCACCUCGAAAACAUCUUGGUACGAAAGCGAAAUGCUGACCGGUACGGCUGACCCAGAAGACGAUAGCUUCCUGCUUGAGAUGAAGUCUUCAUCCACCACAAAGAAUCCUUUCCAGGGAUUCUCCCCCAUUAGCCACUCCGGCGGAGGCUUCUCUCAGUACAGUGAGAUCGGGUCUGACAGUCGGGCGGUAGAGAUGUCUGAGAGCCCCACACCAGACCUGGUGCAGUAUGCACACCAUGAGCUGCAGGAGGCGAUGCCAGCGAAGCACAUGGAAGAGACUCACUUUGACCUUGUUCACAAGGGCUCUGACUCUGUCAUGGAGCCAUCCAAACCCUCUGUACCUCUUUCAGUGUCUCCCAAAGAUCCGGAGGAUUCCCCUGCCCAACCUUCUCUUCCUGAUAUCCUCGAGUCCUCUCCCUUAAGCUCUGGGAAGCAGGACUCUGACUUAUCAGAAGGAAGCCCGGAUUCCGAUCAGAGUCCCGUUCAGACGAUACGGAGACAGAUCAAACACGUCCCUGUCACUCAUUCUGCGACAAACCCGUUCGCCUUUGAUUCCGACACCAAGAUCUCGGCCUUGAAGGACAAGACUGCGGAAACUGGAGCGAAGGGAGCCGAAAUGGCGGGACAUGCCAUUCUGCCGGGCCUCGACCAAACCUUUGGGGCUUUCGAUCUCGUGAAAGAGGUGGACAGGCAUGAGUCCGUGCCCUACAUGAACCUGCAAACAAGCGUUGCGUCGAAAGCGGCUCCUGAAGAGUACGACUCCGACAGCCCCAACACAGACUCCCUGUCUCCGGUUCUCACAAAAAAUCCACCAAGUUUUCAAGUUCAGGAGUCCCCAGUGCCACAAACCAAGCACACCGAGCAGACCAAGCAGACCAAGGACUUCCUCGGGGGCAAAAUGUUCAUGGAUGAGCCAGAAGCAAGUGAAGAGGAAGGCUUUGAGCAAGAGGUCUCCUCCGAGGAGUUUGAGAUCAUAGAACGACCCCCUAAGGGCAGCGUCGACGAGUUUGUAGAAAAACUGGAUCAUUCAAAGUUCACCGCGGCAUCUGACAUGGGUGCAGAUGAAGAUGAAGACGAUGAAGAUGCUCUGUCCAAGUUCAGCCAGGUGAAGGCCGUCCCGGACAUAGAGUCGGUGUUCCAGAAACCCGACUCCAGCAGGAGCUCCUACACCCUGCUGUCCCAGCCGGCCGCGGCCGCCGCUCCUGACGUGUUUGGCGCCGAGCUGGGAAACCCGUUUGCUCCCGCCCGACCCGGCAAAGAGGCGCCGGCGCUGUCGCAGGCCCACCUCACCGAGGAGGCGCCUAAGAUGGCCGCUCCCGGUCAGGCCAAGGGGGAGAAGAUGGAGGCCCUCCCCGAUGCGUCCGCAGCCACUGGGCUGCCGGGGCUGGGAGUGGAAGCAGUGGUGGAGCUGCUGUACUGGCGGGAUGUGAAGCGCUCGGCCGCGGUGUUUGGGGGCGGCCUCUUCCUGCUGCUGUGCCUGACUCAGUGCAGCAUCGUGAGCAUCUGCAGCUACGCCACUCUGGCCCUGCUCUCCGUCACCAUCGCCUUCCGCAUAUACCGCGGCAUCCUGCAGGCCGUGCAGAAGUCUGAGGAGGGGCACCCCUUCAAGGCGGUUCUGGAGCAGGAUGUGACCCUGUCAGAGGACCUGGUCCAUAAGUACAGUGACCUGGUUCUGGGCCGGAUCAACUACACCCUGCGGGAGCUACGCCGCCUGUUCCUGGUGGAGGACCUGGUGGACUCUCUGAAGUUUGCAGUGCUGAUGUGGAUCCUGACCUACGUGGGUGCCUUGUUCAACGGGCUGACUCUGCUCAUCCUGGGUCUCAUUGCUGCUUUCAGCUUGCCGGUCUUCUAUGAAAAAUACCAGACGCAGAUUGACCAUUACUGUGGGCUGGUGAACGACCAGGUGAAGGGCAUUGUGGGAAAGAUCCAGGAUAAGGUUCCUGGGCUGAAGCGAAAGGCGGAAUGAGGAAGCUUGGCUCGGGGGCGGGGCUUAGGUGCAGUGGGCGGGGCUAGGUACAGUGGGUGGGGUUAGGGGACAGUGAUGUUGCAGUGUAAAAUUUCUCUCCAGUUCAGCCGCCAUUUUGUGUCGUGGAAAACUCAACUCUCCUGAACCUGCUAUGGGUUUACCGGCUCUAGUAUUUUAUACAGCUCAUUAAAAUACAUUAAUUACAUCUUAUUUAUCUCCUUUAAAACACUGGUCUGUAUUUACAAUGUUUUUACAAAAAAAACACGCAGACACAUACACACACAGAAACGCAUGCAAGCACACACACACGCACUGAGUAACAUGUACACACACACACACACACACACACACACAUACACACACAGUAAUGUACACGUAGGAGCCAGUAUGAUUUGAUUAGCAGGGCUGUUCGGGCUGAUUUAUGUUAAGGGAAAUUAGGUUGGAGUCGGAGGUUUUCUUGUUUUAUCCACGGUUUGUAUGAUCUCAUGAGGAGUGGUGGUGUUUUAUAUGGUUUUUUUAUUUUAAAAGAGGGACUAAACUUACAAGAUGAGAUGGUACCGUCGUGGCAAAAAGGUAUAGAUUUUUUGGUAUGAUUAAAAAGUAGUGCUAUUGUGAUUUUACUGUUUUAUGGAUUGACUCUGAGUAUGUAGUGGUUCACUAAGACCUUCUCGCUUUCUCAGUGUUCUGGGGCUGAUCCCAGAUCAGCCUCCUGCUUUCCUGUAUUUCUAGACAGAUUUAGCGUUUUUAAAGAUGGGGGAAAGUGGAACAUUUUACUGUGAUCGUUGUUUUCAUCUCAUCGCCGCUGCCUAGUCGAAACUCUGGAGCAACACGUUUACAAAUCGACUUAAAAAAUAAAAAUAAAACCCCCCCCUGCUUUUUGUUCUCCGUGGGCCAAUAAUCUACAGCCGCAAAACUUAUGUAACCUGGAAACUUCAAGCGUUUGUUUGUUAUGCGAGUUAAUUGUGAAUGAAACUUCAAUUCUGCUCAGAACUGUCUGUGGAAUGCAUUGUGAAAUGUAAACAAUACCAAUAAAGCUUAUAGACAAACCACA